CUCUCCCAACACCAUCCUCAAGCUGCCAAGCAUGUCCGCACAGGCACAGCCGGCGCUGCCGCCGUACCUGUCCCUCUCCGUCGGGCAGGUUGCCAGCAGUCUUGCGGCACCGAACGAGCCCGAGCCGCAGAAGCACGCUACGAUCCCCGCCCUACUGCAGCACCGCGCGCGGCACUCGCCCGCCCAGCUCGCCGUCGGCUUUCCGGACUGCGACGGGCAGCAGCCAUGCCUCUCCUGGACAUACAGCCAGCUCUGGCACGGCGCGGCUCACGUGGCGGCACAGCUGCGCGCAAGACUCAGCGAGCGCGUGGCCGCUUCGGGCCGCAAGCAGCCCGUCGUCGCCCUGCUGGGUCCCAGCGGGCCAGCGUUUCUGCUGCACGUUGUCGCCUGCUGGCAGCUGGGAGCCGCGAUCCUGCCGAUAGCCAUCGGCACGACGGCCGACGGAGCUGCAAACCUGUGCCGCCUGGCCGAGUGCUGCCUCGUUCUUGCGGACAGGAGUCAGAGCGAGCUUGCUGGAAGGGUUGAAGCGCAACUCCAGUCAGAUGGGCUCUGCGCAUCCUGGCUUGACCACUGCAGCCCAGAGAGCACAGAUGUGGAGGGCCCGGCGCCAGAGCCGGUGCACAGCUGCAGCGGCGACGAUCUGCUCGUCAUUUUCCAUUCGUCGGGCUCGAGCGGCAAUCCGAAGCCCAUCUCGCAGCUGCACCGCUUCUGGACCUCGUCGCUGACCACUGCGCCGGGCGCCGACAAGGCUGCGUUCACAACAACGCCGCUCUUCCACGGCGGCCUGUCCGAUCUGCUGCGCGCCUUCCAGGCGGCUGCCCCCAUCUUCUUCUUUGGCUGGCACCAGCAGCGCGCCCCGUCUGCCGGCAACAUCGGGCUCUCCGUCCGCUCAUGCGGCCAGCCAAUAGCCUACUUUCUGUCUGUGCCCUUCAUCCUGGAGAUGCUGUCCAAGGACGAGAAAGGCUCGAGCCUGCUCCGAGAGAUGGAUCUCGUCAGCACCGGCGGCGCGCCGCUGCCCGAGAGCGUGGGCGACUCGAUGGUCGAGCGAGGCAUGCACCUUGUCUCCCGAUUGGGCAGCUCGGAAUGCGGCUUCCUGAUGUCCUCCUGGCGCGACUUCAAGACGGACAAGGCGUGGUCGUGGCUGCGCGUGACCGACCCCAGAAGCAAGAAAUGGCUGCUCUUCCAGCCGCAGGGAGAGGGCGACCCACUGCAUGAGCUCAUCGUGUCGAGCGACUGGCCAGCAAAGAUCGUCUCGAACAGAGAGGACGGAGCCUUCGCCACUGGUGACCUGUAUGAGAGAGGGCCGGAUCAGCCCGAUCACUGGCGCUACGCCCGCCGAUCCGACGACAGCAUAGUCUUGGUCAAUGGCAAGAAGGCUGCGCCUGCUCCCAUCGAGACAGCCCUGGCUGCAUCCAGCCUCGUGGCCAACGCCGUGGUCUUUGGAUCGAACCGUCCCAUGCUGGGCGCCGUGGUCCAGCCGGCAGAGGCGCAUCGGGACGAGCCGGAGGCGGAGUUCCGUCGCAAGCUCGAGGCCGAGCUCGACUCGAUCAACCUCUCACAACCAAGUCAUGCGCGCAUCGCAGGCGAGCUCAUCCACAUCGGAGAUGCAGACCUCUUCGCGAACCUGCCGCGCUCGUCCAAGGGCACGCUGCAGCGUGGUCUGGCCAUGGAGCAGCUCGCGGACGUCAUCAACGAAGUGUAUGCGCGCUUCGAUCGGGGCGAUCCGCUGACAGACGAGCCGGUCGUGCAGCGAGAGGGCGCGGAGCUCCGUUCAUGGCUACGAAGCUACCUCAAGAAGCUGGUUGGGAAGGAGGUUGAGGACCACACAGACUUCUACGGGUCAGGAUUAGACUCUCUGAUGGCCGCGCGUUUCCGUUCCGCCUUGAUUCGUCAAGGGGCUGCGAAGUCGAAGCUGCGCCUGGAUGCGAACGUGAUCUAUGACUGCGGCACGGUCGAGAGGCUUGCACAGUUCAUCGAGGGCUCCGACACGGCCGCCAAGAGCGAGCCCGCGGCGCUCGCUGAUGAGUUUGUGCGGCGGUACGUGCAGCCUUUGCAGGAGCAUCGCAGCACGGCACAGGCACGAUCGACAAGCGGCGCAGCUACGGUGCUGCUCACGGGCAGCACCGGAGCACUAGGCUCGCGCAUUCUUGGUGCACUUCUUCGCAAGCCGGCUGCCGAGGUCGCUGCUGUGUACUGCCUCGUUCGAGCGCCCGACGCGGAGUCUGCCAAGAAGCGCAUCGGCCUGGCUCUGCGCCAGCGCAAGUGUGGCUUGGAAGGCUCAGACGUGGAGACCAGGAUCGUCGCUUUGUCCAGCCUCGACGAUGCGACAGUCGCUGAGCUGCGGAAGGCGGAGCGCCUUGUCGUCAUCCACUCUGCCUGGAUCGUCAACUUUGCCCUCAGCCUCGCCUCGUUCGAGACUGAGUGUAUCAAGCCACUGCAGGAGCUGCUCCAGAUCUUCCAGUCCGCCUCUCAUCCGAGCCGCUUCGUCUUCUGCUCGUCCAUCGCCAGUGUCGGCGUCGCCCCGAGCCCGGUCAAGGAGGAGGCGAGCACCAACUUUGCACACGCAGGCGCCACCGGCUACGGGCAAUCGAAGUGGGUGGCCGAGCGCCUCUGCCAGGCCGCCGGCGAUCGCGUCACCGUCGCGCGAGUCGGCCAGCUGUGCGGCGACACGGAGCACGGCAUCUGGAACGAGACGGAGGCAUGGCCGCUGCUCGUGCGGACGGCGGACGAGGUAGGCUGCCUGCCUUCAUCAGGACCAGUGAGAGCCAGAUUGCGUCUUUGCCUGGGCAUUGGCUGACAAAGUACCUUCAGGACAUCGACUGGCUGCCCGUGGACACGGCAGCCGCUGCUCUGAUCGACUUGGCCUUCUCGCCGAGCAUUCAGCUCGAACACGUCCAUGUUGUCUCGCCGCCCCACAAGCACCGACCUGCGUGGGCCGAUCUUCUCGGCUGGCUGCAGGCUGCCGGAGUGAACUUCGACACCAAGCCCAACGACGAAUGGCUCGCGGCGCUGCGCAAGGCUGGCGCGCAGAUCCGUGGGCGAGCUCUGGUCGACAGCAUCUGGGCCCACCUGUCGGAGCCCGCAGAGGAGCGGGAAGUGCUCACGCAGAAGGCAGAGGGCGCCUCGGAGAGCCUCAGCCAGGCUGCGCCCGUGGACGCGGA